CUCAUUUCGAGAUUUGUAAGCGUCGCGUUCGCAAGUUGGUCGAAAAAUAGAAAAACGGAUAAUUGAUUUUUGAAAAAAUAAAAAAAAAACAAGUUUUUUAAAUUAUUGUGCAAAUAAUAAAUGCGAAACGGUUUAGUUUUUCGGCCAACAAAUUUUUUAAGUGUUUCAAAAUUAGUUUACAGUGUUUAAAAAAUAUUUAAAUGAAAUAAUUAUAAUUAUUAAUAAAAAUUAUAUAAAAGCAAAAUUCGUGUAACUCAGCGAGCAGACGAAAGGAAAAGUGAUAAACCGCUCCUUAAACAAAAAAUAUUAAUUUCAAAUUGAAUUUAUAAAAAUAUUUUGACACCAAAUAUUGCUAUAAAUAUCGAAAGUGCUUACAUCACUCCAUAGUUUGUGCAAUAAAAUAUUUAAUUAAAGCACUUCACAUCCGAAAUAAAAAUAUAAAUUUUGCGCCACAACCCACUAAGAAAUAUUUUGCGGCAUCGAAAAGCAGUCCAAUUAAAAUGCUUCAUAAUUACAUUUACUGCUUAGCCGCCAUUGCGGCAAUACUCGGAAGUGCAACUGCAGCAACAACAUCUAACGGCGCAGCAGCAGCAGCAGUUUCGGACAACUUGGAUGAGUACACAACCGCCGCGGUGCUGCCAUCGGCAAUUGCAGGCACCUUAGCCGCAGCGCCAGCAGCAACAACACCACAAAAUGGAGCAAUAACAGCACCGUCACUACCAGUUCCUCAAGCUGCACCCCAAUUGCCGAACGUUGGCGUGCUGGCCUACGACAGAGUAGGCAUAAGCGAUGGCGUGGAAUUUAGUCCAAUACCAUCCGAGCCGAGUGCCACCAACAACUACUUUGAAGUAGCGCCAUGUGAUCUCAAGGCAGAUAACAAAAAUGAGUGCAUACGCAAUCUUUUCGCUCAAAUCGUGCCUCAAUUGAAGGCUGGCUUACCCCAGUAUGGCAUGCCCUCAAUUGAUCCCUAUUUCUAUCGUCGCGGCAUUUUCCGUUAUGACAACGAGGGCGUGCAAGGUGGACUGCUCAUCAAAAACAUGAACAUUAACGGUAUUAGUGAAUUCAAAGUGAACACAUUCCUGUCGAAUUUCACCGAGAAAGCGUUCAUUGUGAAGCUGAGCAUCGAAAUACCACAAAUCAAGGCAAAUGGACAAUUUAAGGCCGAUGUGAAAUUCGGUGGCUUGCGUUUGGUGCCGAAGGGACCCUUCAACAUUACAAUCGAUAACAUACGCGCCACCAUACUGACCGAUGGUUUGUUGGAGAACACCGAGGUGGGUCGUCGCUUGAAGUUGCAACGUUUAAACGCCAAUGUGGCUGUGGGUGAUGCGCGCAUCAUUGCGAAUGGCAUUUUCAGCGAUCGGAAUUUGAAUACAAUGAUUUUGAAUUUGGUGAACGAGAAUCUACCAGAAAUCACCCGAGUAGGCAUACCGGCUACACGCGAACAAUGGGCACCGAUUUUCAUUACACAUAUCAAUCAAUUCUUUGCGAAUAUUCCAAUUGAACAAUUUUUGAUAGAGUAAAAUAUUCCAUUUCUAUAAUAUUUACGCAUGUAGUUCAAAGAGAAAAAUCACUUCAAUAUUCGUUCAACAAAAUUUAUAUAUUUUAUAAGUGCACAUACGUAAAUUUUAAUUUAAUAAUUAAUUAAAC